CUCUACACAUAUUUCCUUCUGUGGACGGUUCUCCCUUUACACCUCCAGCUUGAACCACUCACCUUCCCAAAGAUUAACCACAUCCUAGACUUCUUCACUUGAUCAUUAACCCGAGUUAAACAGAUAAGAGUAGACCAAAGAGUUUGGCCAUAUAUCAGAUUUACUUCCACCACUGGUGUAGCUGGACUGUAAAAGCCAGCGGACCUUUUCUCCUGUUUUGCUUUGACUGAGCUGUUUGUGUCCAUAUCUCUUCCAUGUUCCAGAGACAGGAACUUGUAUGGGUUCACGUAAAACCAGUUUGUCAAAUAGAAGAAAGUAAUUUAGUUAGUGCACAAAAGUUUGUGUUCUGUGAUGGAGCAGCCGAACAUCUUAAAUUCUCUGGGUCCUGCUGAGUUGAGGCUGUUGAUCAGGCAGGAAGAUCCCAGAAUAAGAGCCACGACUGGAUUAGCUAAUGGUUACCAGCAGGCUAAUGUCGUCAUCCUGCCCAAUGACCUGGCCAAUGACUUUGAAGCGUUCUGUCGCAAAAAUGCCGCCCCCUUGCCACUCCUUUAUCGUAGUAAAUCUGGAGAGACUUCCUGUCUGCCUCUUGCAAAACAUGCUGACAUAAGGACAGAUAUUUCUCAGUACUGUGUGUACGAAGAAGGUCGGCUGGUGAAGAGGGUCUCCAGCCUGCAGAGUUACAGCACUCAGCCAAGGAUUUCAUCAGGGCUGCAGGCUGUGCAUCAUGGCCCAUGGUCAGACAUGGUGUGUUUCUAUCUGGGCUGCAGCUUUGGCUUUGAGGGCAGACUGAAGAACGCCAGAGUGCCAGUCAGGAACGUUGAGCAGGGCACCAAUGUCAGCAUGUACAGGACUUCAGUUCCCUGUGUUCCUGUCGGAGUGUUCAGCUGCCCUCUAGUGGUCACUAUGCGUCCUAUCCCAGCUGGCAUGUUGGAUUCAGCAGUGAAGGUUACUCACCUCAACCCGCUAGCACAUGGAGCUCCUGUACACAUAGGAGAUCCAGCUCUCCUAGGCAUACAGGACCUGUCCACACCAGACUAUGGGGAGCAAGUAGAGCUGCAGCCCGGUGAUGUCCCAGUGUUCUGGGCCUGUGGAGUGACUGCUAUCGAAGCAAUACUCGGCAGCAAGCCUCCCUUGGCAUUCAGUCACUCACCAGGCUGUAUGUUUCUGACGGACAUCCCAGACUCCGCUCCGUCUUCCCCCACACCACCACCCUCUGACAGUGUAAACCCUCCCACCACCGAUCCCGAUGUUGAACUGAUCCCCCUGUGCUUUCUGGUAUCCCACAAUCCCUUGUGGUACAGUUUGGCAUCUCAGAGGGCUGUGGCAAAAAUCCGACAGCUGGAGAGGGUUAUUGGAGAGGAUCCAGGUCAACGAGGGAUUAAAGCUUUGUUUGUUCAGGAUGAACUUCUGCGCUCCUGUCUGGCACUCUCCCACGCAUCCUCUGUUGCCAUAACAACUGGUUUGCCCACACACUAUAUGCACAGUCCUCCAGAUGAGACUGAUGGCCCACCUGGAGCCAUUGCCAUGGCAACCAUGCUGCUGUCGCUAGGGAAACAGGUGACCUGGGUGACAGACAGGAGAGCCCUGGACAUGAAUCGGGCCAUCAUUGAUGAAGCUGUGAGGACAGGUGUGCUGAAAACUGCAAUCCCAUUGGUCACCUUUGAAGACAAUGGCCCAGACUCUGCACUACAUUUUUUGUGUCACCAUGGAGACCCCAGCAAGCCCAGAUACGACCACCUUGUGGCGAUAGAGCGCAGUGGACGUGCUGCAGAUGGAAAUUACUACAACAUGAGAGGAAUAAACCUCAAACAUCUGGUGGAUCCUAUUGACGACUUGUUUAUUGCUGCCAAGGAUAUACCAGGAAUUAUUACUACAGGAGUUGGUGAUGGAGGUAAUGAGUUGGGGAUGGGUAAACUGAAGGAAAAGGUGAAAGCCUUGAUGCCCAGUGGGAGUCUCAUAGCAUGUGAUGUUCCUGCUGACUACGCCAUCACUGCUGGGGUGUCUAACUGGGGAGGAUACGCUGUGGCCUGUGGGCUCUACCUGCUCCACACCUGCCCCUCCCACCAGCGAUACCUAAAGAAAGGGCUGGGACUGGAACACACAACCUCCCAGCUCCAGGACUGGACUGCUAACCUGCCAUCUGUGGACAAGGAGGAGUCUAUCCUUUCCACUCUGAUGAGUUUUGGGAUAAGAAGUGGGAAGACGGGUCACCUGGCCAUGGAAGUGGAUGGCUUAACCUUUCAUCCCACACACUCUGACAUCAUCACCAGACUGCUACAGGUCACACUGGGCUCCAUCACUCCACUCCAAACCCAUGAUGAGCAGUGUUUUUAAAGAGGAUGAAGUGAAUUAUCAAUCUGAGAAAUAACCUGAGGCCAAAUGGCUGUAAAUGCUUGUUAAGCUCAGAGCCCGAGGAUGUAGUACCAAUUAGACAAGCAAGUUCUUCUCUGUUCAGAGUGGCAACAGUCAGUAAAAAAGAAAAGAGUCCAUGAGAGGAGAGGCGUGUGUGUGUGUGCGUGCAAAUAAAUCUGUUUUGAGGCCUUAAACAAUGGAAAUGUUUUAAACUGCAUUUUAUGGUAGAAAUGAUUCCUUGUCUGUUGCUGACUAUCUAUGUCAUGUGAUACUAUAAUAAAUAUGUGCUCUAAA